CUUGUAUUCUGGAUCAAGCUCGUGACUUUGGAGCUUUCGGCCAGUACUGAAGUAAUCAAUUGUCAGUCAAUUGGGAGGCCACCGCACGUAUUCGCUGCCGCCUCGAUACCUGACAAUGGCCUCCUUUCCGACCGCCGUGCGGUCAACCCAGAAGGCUGCGCACAAUGUCCUGAGAAGGCAGCCCCUCCACGACAUUGCCAUCACCCGCACCGGCAAGCCCAUCUUGCGAACCCAGGGCGGAAGAUCAUCUCUUGGUGGGCACACUGCGACGGUUUUUGGCGCAACGGGACAGGUUGGACGAUACAUCGUGAACAGACUCGCUCGUCAAGGAUGCACCGUCGUCAUUCCUUUCCGUGAGGAGAUGGCCAAGCGUCACUUGAAGGUUGCUGGUGAUCUCGGACGUGUUAUCUUCCUUGAGUACGACCUCCGUAACACCCAAUCAAUCGAGGAAAGUGUGAGGCACUCAGACGUUGUCUACAACCUUGUCGGCCGCAACUACCCCACCAAGAACUUCUCUCUAGAAGACGUCCACGUCGAGGGAACCGAGCGGAUAGCGGAGGCUGUUGCCAAGUACGAUGUGGACCGCUUCAUCCACGUGUCCAGUUACAAUGCCAACUUGGAGUCUACUUCCGAGUUUUACCGCACCAAGGCCCGCGGUGAGCAGGUCGCUCGUAGCAUCUACCCCGAGACCACCAUUGUCAGACCGGCGCCGAUCUUCGGUUUCGAGGACAACCUCCUUCUGAAGCUUGCUAGCGUUAUGAACCUCUUCACUGCCAACAAUAUGCAGGAAAGAUUCAGGCCCGUUCACUCCAUCGAUGUUGGCCAGGCUUUGGAGCUGAUGCUCUACGACGACAGCACGGCUGGGCAAACAUACGAACUUUACGGCCCCCAGGAGUACUCCAUGGCCGAGAUCGCGCAUUUCGCCGACCGUGAAAUCUUCAAGAAGCGCCGUCACAUUAAUAUUCCCAAGUCCAUCCUCAAGCCCGUUGCUGGUCUCUUGAACAAGUACCUCUGGUGGCCUACCAUGUCUGCUGACGAGGUUGAACGUGAGUUUAUCGACCAAGAGAUCGAUGAGACGGCCAAGACUUUCAAGGAUCUCGGCAUCGAGCCUGGUGACAUUAGCAAGUUCACGUACCACUACUUGCAAGGUUACCGCAGCGCCAACUUCUACGACCUGCCUCCUGCGACAGAGAAGGAGAAGAAGGAAGAGCGCAAGUACUUGCACGUUCUCGACGACCAGUAAGCCUGGGUUCCAUUUGUAAGACGGGGUUGAUGCUGGGCAAGCAAAGUCGUUUAGAGUGUAUAUAAGUAGUGACUAGACAAUGCUGCAAAAGUCGAGCAAUUCAUGUACAGUUCUGAGUACAACCUUGGCGAGCGAUGUGUCAUCCUAUGAGUGACGAACUGUGCUGCGUUCUUCUUAGUCAAAGCUUUUGCUAUGCUGUACCUGAUUCGUUGAUGGCACUUUGGAUUUUGACGCCGACUCGA